CAUUAAAGACGCUGCGAAAAGGUAACAUGGCGCCUGUUCGUGUCAAAGCGACGGCGCCAUUUUCAAAACUGCCAUGUCACGCAGCGGAGUGGAAACUGCGGCCCAGAGCCCACUGCUCUCCUCCAGUUUCUGUUUCAGCCCGCGGUCAUGCAUUUGUGCAAAGGGCUGGUCGACGGCCAUGUGGAACGGCCUCCCCGAACCACUUGUGGCUGCUGGUUGCUCUUCUGCCCCCGAGCCUUGGCUCCUCCCUGGCUGCAGUUCAGUCUUUGACAGCCUCGUCAGUAACGUCUCUCCCAUGCCGAUGUCUCCAGCGACAGUCAGCCCGCGAGGAGGGGAGAGAUCUGCCAGCAGCAAACCACGCAGGACGUCCAUCUUGGAGCGUUGCAUUCUCAAAGUGGCCACCAGCAGCGUUGCCGUGGGAACGGAAGAUCUGGACAAGAGCAGGGCUUCGCUCACUCGCUGCUACCCUCGCAUCCCAGACCCAAACAACACGGAGACUAAUGCUGCGGUUCUCAAGCGCCGACAGAAGCAAAUUCUCUACGGCAAGAACACGAGUGGCUACCAGAACUACCUGCAGCAAGUCCCCAAACACAUGAGAGACCCGAAGCUCCACCCAUCCACCCCCAACAAGUACAGGAAGUACAGCAGGCGCUCCUGGGACAUGCAGGUUCGUAUUUGGCGACGAGCACUGCACCAGUGGGACCCGCCGAGCGACGCCCCGUCGGACACCUGCGACCUCGCUCUUGACCCCGUGGAGCAACUGCAGAACCAGCUGGCAAAGAUGACCUCUGACUUGUGUGACGAUGGAGGAGAGAAGCAGAGAGAGAAGGAGACCCUGGCGGCCCCGAAGGCCUCCUCUGUGUCUCCCCUGUCAGCCGACAUGUCGCCGGAGCUGCCUGGCGCCUGGAAUGUUCCACUGUCUCCGGAGCCUGAGAGGAGCCGCCUACCUCCUCGCUCUCCCCCUGGCCUCAGCUGCUCUUUCAGGAUUCAGCUGACCAAAAACAACAUGGCCGACUGGCUCCAGCUCGAGGAUGAGCACGCAGGAGAUUUCAAUGCUGAUGAUCAACGGGUCCCUACGGUUUCAGACCAGUUCUUAUGGAAUCACUACUGAUCGUCCCUUGCUGCAACGAGCCUGGUUAGGUCACUGAGCAAGUUCAUCGUCAAGAUGCUGAAUUACGUUGUGUGGACUUUAAUCUUCUCUGUGUGUGUUUCCAAUGUUUGGCUUUUUAAGAACACUGAGGAUUUGUUAUAAAAUAAGAGAGGCGAGGGGUGUUUUUUGUUUUUUUUUGUUCAUUUUCAGCCCUGGACAGAACAGAUGAGUAAUGCAUCCUGGUAUCUGACGGAGGUCGACUUGGCACUUUGACCUGAGCAGUUUUCUAUCAUUUGCACUUUUGUGUUAAUUGCACUUUGUCACCCGCGCUGUGUUCUCGAGGUACACACAAAGUUGCUAAACUUUGUAUUUAAAGUCACUGUUUCUUUUUGCUGUCACUUUCUGGCCUCUGUAGAGGCUACUGGUUUUGUUUUUUUCAUUUUUGUCCACGUUCACCUCUGUUCUGAUAAGGGUCCCUUCACCAUCUUUUUUUUCCUUUUUAUUUGUUAUGUAACGUAUGCUGCUUUAAAUACUGAAAGCAAAGCUGAAACUAAUAAAGAUGUAAAUAAAGUGUUGAAAUAGA